AUGAGUCAAAAGCGUCCCUUGUUGACGACCAACAAUCGAUUGACGACCCAUUCCAAGAAUCUGCCGCAAACGGACACCGUCAAACGCUUGAAAGCCUUAUUGGACGACACCGCUAACGGCAAUGAUCGGAAAACCAGGCCAAAAAAGCGACGGGUCGAUGCACCAAGCAAUACUGUCCGACCGGACAAACUGCCUCGCAGUGCGAUGGAAAAGGCCAACGUCAACGCCUGUUCGAGUACCUCCGCCACCCAGGACAACCGCAGCAGGACGUCCGCGACUGCUCCCAUUUCUCAACGCUGGUCGUGUCUUUCACGCAAGCUGAAACCGCAGACACCAGGAGUCAAUAAGGUUGACGUCUGGGGAGGCCAACCAGCGACAUCAACGUCGGUCACCAACAACAAACAGGUUCCCCUUUUUUCGGUACGAAAACCGCCCGUCAAGCCAGUUUGUGUGCAUAGCAAGGUCAAUGACGCCGUCUCCGUCUGCUUGCAUGUCAAACACGACAACCAAUCAGUGACUCGUGCCGUCAUGGAUCCCCCGGUUCUGUCGGCAUCCCGAAAGGCCACUGAUUCCAUUGCGGCAGCCGUUCCCAUACUUCGCCGCAAGCUGGGCUUGCAGGUGAUUAGGACCAAACAACGCACAGUGAUUGGACGAAUGAAUUCCGAGAAGUCGUACUCUGUUCCAUUGAUGGAAGGGCCACUUACUAUUGAAAAGGCAGCCGCAAGUAUCGUCGACAAAACGGCCACCAACAGUAGUUCUUCCACUUUCCACGCGGCGGCAUCACCCGCCAUCAACCCGUUAGACGCUGUUGGAACGGAAAGAACUAAAUCAGCGUCCGGCGACCUCGAACACGAUGGUAUCAACAACAAGGAGGAUCCGAAAGACGACGAAUUGGUCCUGGACGACCCAGCGCACUUGAAAGGUCCACACACAACGACAUUCAGCAAACCUGAUGAUCCCAGCAUCAGGUCCACUCCCUUGGACUCAAGAGCGACGUCGUCCUUGGCCGCAUCCCAGCCAAUGCCGCGUCCAACACGAGACGGGUUGACAACGACCACUUUGAAAUCCAAACAGCAAAAAGGCGACCAAGGAAAUUUCGUCCGCCUAAAUUUGCGCAACGGCGCCGGCUCUUGCCGCGGCGCGCUGCCGAAAAAGACUAAAUCCAAGGCGGCCUUGCAGUGGGAGCAACGCCGCAAGAACCGGGACGAAUUUUACGCCAGCAAUCGCGGGGAGCACGACGACACGCAGACGACGCAAAGCUACGCAACCAAGCCUCGCCACGACGCCUCCACCAUGACGCAACAUUCAUCCGGGACGGAUCCGCUGGACGACUAUAUAGAUGGAAUCUACGAUCCGCAGCAUCAGAAAGUUGCUGCUGAUCACCGCCGUCAAGAAGCCUCCAACGGUCCCGCGAUCCCCAAUUGUAGCCACGGUCGACCCUGCAAACGCUUGACGGUCAAAAAAGCGUCAGUGAACAAGGGACGCGUCUUCUUCGCUUGCAGUCUUCCUCGCGCCGAACAAUGCGACUGCUUCAUAUGGGCUGAUGAUACCGUACAGGCUGCACAACAAGCACUGUUAAGAAAUCAGUCGUGCUCAGGCUUUGUCGCACGCCAAGUAGCAUCGUACAUGGAAUCAAUGAAGAUCAUGACCGUUCCGGAAUUGCAGCGGCUAGCAGCUAGGAAAGGACUAAAUUCUACAGGUAAAAAGCAAGCCUUGUUGGCGCGUUUAUCAAUUUGGGUAAGAGACGAAGUCGCCGUUAGUGUGGCAGAGGAACAAUCAAACGAAAAGGCGUCAGUGCCUGUAGAUCCAACCGAGCUGGAGAAAGCAACCGGGGUGUAUGCAGAGAGUGGCAACUUGGAGUCUGAAACCACUUUGCCCGAUAAACCUGACGUGGUUGUUGAAGCAGAUUUCAGCACAAAAUGCGUCAAUGAGGCAGCUCAAAGGGUGCCGAGAGAUAUGUUGUUGAAAGACUCGCUGAAUUUGAAAAACAGCGAAAGCGGGUGUGUCAUGCCACUAUUGGAACGGCGGCAAGGUCUUCGGCUCCCUGAGAUCGUCGACGACGAAGUAAGUUUGGAUGAGUCAUCUGAUGACGAAAUGGAAUUAUGCGAGCCGACGUUGCAACUGCAAAACAGUUCUUCAAAUUCGUGUCCUCUUCAUCUUGCUCUUAAAGCCAUGUUUGGUCACGACAGUUUUCGUGAAAGCCAGGAAUGGACUGUACGACGAUGUUUGGACAAGAAGCGUACUCUGUUGGUGGCACCAACGGGGUUUGGAAAGUCACUGUGCUACGCUCUGCCGGCGUCUCUCAUGAAAGGUGUAUGCAUAGUGGUUUCUCCGCUUAUUUCACUGAUUCAAGAUCAAUUGCGAGUACUGCCCCCGCGGCUACCAGCGGCAACUAUGUCCGGAGCAGUGACUUCGGCCAAGCUGGCUGCCACAUUGGAUGACAUUAUCCGUGGGCGGAUACGGAUCCUCUUUGUUUCACCGGAGCGCCUGACAAGUGCUUCCUUUCGGAGACUGUUUCGACCAAUUUGGAAUACGGACAGAAGAGAGCACGAGCGCAAGUUCCCACCGGUCUCUCUUCUUUGCGUUGAUGAAGCACAUUGUCUGAGCCAGUGGGCGCAUAACUUCCGGCCUUCCUAUCUGCGGCUGAAGUCUAUGGUGAACAUGAUUCAACCAGAAAGCGUUCUGGCAAUUACCGCAACUGCUGGACCCAAAGUUGUCACCGACAUUUGUAGAACACUGAACAUUGACAAAAAUAUGUCGGAAGAAGCUGACAAUGGCGUGCGUGUAAUGAAGUGCAAUCGCGACAACAUUGAUGUCAGGUGUCUCCUUUUGACAUCGCAGACUGAACGGUUGAAAAAGGUCAUCAAAAUACUGACGCCAAAGAAGAAGAGAACGAGCAAUAAGAGUGUAGCACCCGAAGUUUCUGACGAUGGCUGUUUGGCCACCGGUAAUGUUAUUGUUUACGUCUGGCGCCAGCUUGACGCUCAAGCUGUUGCCGAAAAUCUCCAAGCUGCAGGCAUUGAAGGUGGUAUUGUAAUUUAUCAUGGUGGAAUGGAUGCAAGUGCCAGGUCAAAGGCACAAAGCAAGUUUAUGCGAGGCAAGGCUAGAAUUUGCGUUGCUACGGUCGCCUUUGGCCUUGGCAUUAAUAAAGAAGACGUGACCGGCGUUAUUCACAUGUAUCUGUCAGCAUCGCCGGAGCAUUACAUGCAGGAGAUUGGAAGAGCAGGACGCGAUGGAAGGUCGGCUGUCGCAUUUGCGCUUGUGCUGGAAGACGAGAUUCUCGUCCGUCACUCUCUCGCCCAUUCAGAUCUAAUUGCAAAAAGCCAGGUAAAAGCUUUACUAUCGUCGUUGAUAGGUGAAGUGGAGGACGGGAAGAGACUUCUUCCUGCAGAUCGCUCUACAGCAGAUCCAAUUAGUGUCGGACUCCCCUUACACAAAGCUGUUGUGGAAUGCGGAGCCAAGUCCGAAACGGUCGAAACAUUGGUAUCCCUUCUUGAGCAACGGACAUCUGGAGUUCCUCUUCUACAGAUAGAAGGAGUAUUUUAUGACUGCGCCUUUGUUGCGCCCAAACGGCGCUCAAUGAAGGACCUUGCCGUGAAAGAGAGCAUCGCAGGUGCCAUUCUUCGAGUCGCGACAUGUACUGAACCGCCAGCUGGAGAAGCAGUCGACCUUUCUAUUGAAAGGGAAAAGGCAUUCCCAGGCUGUCGAAAGAUGGUUGGUUACAGCUACGGUUCGUAUGCUUUUUCAGUAGCAAAAUGCGCCAACCUUCUUGGACCAUCAGCGGAGCCUCGGCAUGUCUUUGCUGCCUUGCGGAGACUGGAAAGCAAUGGGGAGAUCGAGCUUGCUCUGGACAAAUCGAUCAAUAGCCAAGCCCUUAACAUUCGUUUGACUCACGAAGGAAUGAUGACCUUUCGAUCAGAUAAUUGUAUCGGCGUGAACGAAAUAGUAUCCGAACUGUUUAGCAGAUUCAUCGCAACGGUCGAGCUCUCUACGACCAAGGUGCUUGACAUGCACUACAUUUUUCAGAAAGUGGGUGCAGUCUCUCAAGUCGGAAGCACCCAUUUCCUCGGUGAGAACGAGAAAAAAUCUCGCAGCUUAGUCUUGUUCCAGGAGUUAACUCGGAACUACCUCGAGGCAGAAGGCCUAGGUCAAUCUUUGAACGACCGGUCGGACGAUCAAUCCAGCUUUACACAAUCGAUUCACAAAGCGAAGUUGUGGAGUGACGUGAGAGCCGUGCUGGGUAGUCUGCACGACAUGUUAGCCGCUUCUUCGAGGAGACCGCUAGUGGAAAUUAAUGACCCCCAUGCUGCCGACUACGCCGCGCUUUCCACGACGAAAUUCCUACACGGUAUUGCUCCGGCCACGCUUGCACCUCGUUUACUACGGACCCAUCCACUGUUUGGAAGUAUGCAAGCUGUGCGAUUUACUGUGUUGCACGAAGCAGUAUCCGAUAUUGCCGCGCCACAGACAAAGGGGGAUAGUGGCUCGUAA